GCUCCGCGGGGCCAGGCAGGGCUCGCGGCUGCUGGCGCCUGGCCGUGAGGGAGGGCUUUGGGAGUGGGCGGAAUGGCCCCCACCUAGGACAUUGGGAGAAGCGGCUGAGCCCAGGAUGCUGGGGAGGCGGUGCGGUGGCUCCUCACUCAUCCCAGAUGUUGAUCAUCUUUCUGAAGUAGAAUCUCCAUGGCCUGAACAGUUUCUGGAAAUCAUUUUGAGCAAAAUAUCUGUUUAAUAAAAAGAUAACCACAUCAAGAUGGUUGGAAAACUGAAGCAGAACCUACUAUUGGCAUGUCUGGUGAUUAGUUCUGUGACUGUGUUUUACUUGGGCCAGCACGCCAUGGAAUGCCAUCACCGAAUAGAAGAACGUAGUCAACCCCUCAAAUUGGAGAGCACAAAGACCACUGUACAAACUGGCCUGGAUAUCAAAGCCAACAAAACCUUUGCCUAUCACAAAGAUAUGCCUUUAAUUUUUAUUGGAGGUGUGCCUCGGAGUGGAACCACACUUAUGAGGGCCAUGUUAGAUGCACAUCCUGAUAUUCGCUGUGGAGAGGAAACCAGGGUCAUUCCUCGAAUCCUGGCCCUGAAGCAGAUGUGGUCACGGUCGAGUAAAGAAAAAAUACGCUUGGAUGAGGCUGGUGUCACUGAUGAAGUGCUAGAUUCUGCCAUGCAAGCCUUCUUACUAGAAAUCAUUGUUAAGCAUGGGGAGCCAGCUCCUUAUUUAUGUAAUAAAGAUCCUUUUGCCCUGAAAUCCUUAACUUACCUUGCUAGGUUAUUUCCCAAUGCCAAAUUUCUCCUGAUGGUUCGAGAUGGCCGGGCAUCAGUACAUUCAAUGAUUUCUCGAAAAGUUACUAUAGCUGGGUUUGACCUGAACAGUUACAGGGACUGUUUGACCAAGUGGAAUCGUGCCAUAGAAACCAUGUAUAACCAGUGUAUGGAGGUUGGCUACAAAAAAUGCAUGUUAGUUCACUAUGAACAACUUGUCUUACAUCCUGAACGGUGGAUGAGAACUCUCUUAAAGUUCCUCCAUAUUCCGUGGAACCACUCAGUAUUACACCAUGAAGAGAUGAUUGGGAAAGCUGGGGGAGUAUCUCUGUCAAAAGUGGAGAGAUCAACAGACCAAGUCAUCAAGCCAGUCAAUAUGGGAGCGCUAUCAAAGUGGGUUGGAAAAAUACCCCCAGAUGUUUUACAAGACAUGGCAGUGAUUGCACCCAUGCUUGCCAAACUUGGAUAUGACCCAUAUGCCAAUCCACCUAACUACGGAAAACCCGAUCCCAAAAUCCUUGAAAACACUAGAAGGGUCUAUAAAGGAGAAUUUCAGCUACCUGAAUUUCUUAAAGAAAAACCUCAGACUGAGCAAGUGGAGUAGCAGAGCCAGGAACCUCCUACACACAUGAGGGAAGACCGAAGCCUAUGCAACGGAAGGGAACUUUCUAGGACUGGCUGUCACCUGCUGAGAUCCAUGGAGUGUAUAUACUGCGGCUCCUGUUCAUUCGCCAGACUCCUCUCACUGACUGGGUGAAUGUCAGCCACAGUUGGGCCUCCCGAGUGAUCUGUUCCCUGUGUGCAGCACUCUCGAUUCUAAUUGCAUGCACAACCCAGUGGAUAAGGAGCCCAGGGGGCACAUGUGCUUUCUGUUAAAAAUGCUCUGGCCCCUAUCUUUUCUUACCAGAUUCCAAAUUUUGUUUUCAAGAGGAGGGUUUAAAAGUGGGAUUCUGUAAGCAAAAUUGGGCAGUUUCAUCUUGGAAUAGGUCAUCUGUACAUGUUCUAAUGUUUUGUAGAACACUUGUACCUGUUUAAAUGUAUUGAUGUGGAUAAUACUAAAUAUCUUAAUUAUUUAAAUAAUUCAUUCUAUUGUUUCCGAGAAGUUGAUAAAUUACCAUAUACAUUUACAACUUAAU